AUGUCUUUCCGGAAACCUAAAGUCCAAAUUCUACUCUCCGUGGACUUCGAUGCCGUCUCGGGCUUCCUAGGGACUGGGGCUUCGGCUACAACCAAUCUGGCCGAUUACAGCAGUGGCUUUUUUGCAGCUCAGGUCGGGGUGCCACGUUUAUUGCGCCUCUUUAAGAAACAUGGAAUUAGUUCCUCGGUGACUUGGUUUGUGCCCGGUCAUUCAAUGGAAUCAUUCCCGGAAGAGACCAAAGCAAUUGUUCAGUCGGGCGCCGAAAUCGGUUGUCAUGGAUAUGCGCACGAGGGCUCGAGCCAAAUGACUGAAGCACAGGAGAGAGAGGUCAUUGCCAAAUGUGUGCAGCUGGCGACCGACUUGACUGGGAAGAAACCUCGAGGAUGGAGGGCGCCAUUAUAUCAGUUGCGAACUCACACCAUUCGAGUUCUGGAAGAGUUUGGAUUUUUAUACGAUUCGUCUCUGACACAUCAUGAUUCGUCGUUGUACUUUGUCCCUCGAAUGUCGGAGCCCAAGGCCAUUGACUUUUCGCCUUCCAAGUCUGCGUCUACUUGGAUGAAGCCCCUUCCUGUCCCUGCAGCUAGGACUCCCCAAACUCUGGUUGAGAUUCCAUGCAAUUGGUAUAUGGAGGACAUGACUCCCAUGCAGUACCUCCCAGGUCUAGAAAAUUCACACGGGUUUGUCAGUCCGAUCACUAUUGAGCAGAAUUGGAAAUCGCGAUUUGAGUUUCUCUACAGCGAGGCCCUGGAAAAAUCGAUCGAGGAAGAUUCUGAGCAAGGCUUUGUUUUUCCUUUGGUGUUGCACCCCGAUACCAGUGGAAUGGCUCAUGUGAUUGGGAUGAUCGACCGAAUGAUUUCGUGGCUCAAACAGCAAGAGGUUGAAUUUGUGACAUUUGGCGAGUGUGCUGCAGAAUGGAAAAGGAAUCAAGCUUAA